CUUCCAGUCAUUAGCAUGGCAGCAUACAUACACAUCGCCCAACAUGCCUCCCUGUGCAACCGCAAACGAUGCGGUUUGUCCCAAACUGUGUGAGUUUUCGGACGUGUUUUUACGCUGUUUGCGGGUGGAAACCGUCUUCACGGUACGUGGUCAGUGCUUCGUUGUCUGCUCGUUUGCGUCGCGAACGCAAAGCUGACGAAAAAACUGAGCGUUUCAACCGCAUGCUCGACGUGUGUGUGGCAGCCGAAGACUUCCUGGGUGCCGAGCGGAUUUUCCAGCGGCUAGUGAAGGACCGCAGCGAUGUCCCCAACGAACUGAGCUUCGGUCUGCUGGUGGCCGCGAGCGCUUCCGUGCGCGACCUUUGCCGUGCCGAAAUGUGGCUACAAAGGUUUGCCCGGGCGAAGUUGGACCCAGCAAUCCGACAACAUCCCAAGGUGACGCAGAGUUUGAUCGCAGCAGGAGCCAGGAGUAUGGUGGAGGACGAGGGAAUGCCUCAGAGUGCAAAGCUUCGCUUUGAAACUUUGAUCGCUACAUCCAGAGGUUCUGCUCUCAGCGACAGCAAACUGCAGGAGGUUGAAGGGGCCUUCCAGGAUGCUUUGGAAGAAUCCCAAGGUUUGAGCAUUGUGACGAAGCAUCUCUAUCAGGAGCUUCUAGGUUUCUUGGCCCGGUCGGGCCAAAGUGAGCAGAUUCAAGCCAGGUUGAAGGAGAUGAAACUGGGAGGAUUUCCAGCAGACCAAGUCACUUAUGGCAUCAUCAUCAAUGCCUUGGCCUCCUCCGCCUUUGCUUCGUUGGCCAGCAGCUUCUUUCGCCAAGCUGAGCAGGAAGGGAUUGCACUCACCUUGCCGCUGUGCAACGCCAUGUUGAAGGCCUCUGGUUCUGCCGGGGAUCUCCAAGCUGCUGAGGCGUUCUUGGAGAAGAUCUACGGCGCAUCGUUGAGACCCAACAUCAUCUCCUUCAACAACCUCCUGGGUGCCUGUGCGGUGGUCGGCAGCCUCUCAGAAGCGCGGAAAGUCUUGGAGAGGAUGAGGCAGGCGGCCGUAGCACCCGAUGGCUUCAGCUAUCUCUGGAUGAUCAAGGCGGCCGGGCGCCAAGGCGGCGAGGUCGCAGAACGCUGCCUGGCGGAAGCCAAGGCCAGCGGCGUGGAGCUGGGCUGUGGGAUGUACAAUGCGGUGCUGCGCGCCUACCUGGCAGAGACCCCCGAGCGGCCUGAGGAGGUGAAACGACUCUUCGGCGAGAUGCAGGAGCUGCAGGUGUCCCCCGAUGCGAUGUCAUAUUUGGCCCUGGCCAACGCCUAUGCCAUGCAGAAUGAUGUGCAGCAAGCUGAGGAUCUGAUUUUUCAAGGGAGGCGCUUAGGAGGUCGUGGACCGGAAUUCUACGCGUGUCUGCUCUUCGCGUAUGCGAGGAAGCGUGGAAGUCGCAGCAUCAAAGCUGAAAAGACCUUCCGAGAACUGGUGGCUGCAGACAUUCGCCCCACAAGUCAGAUGGUGCGGUACUUGCGAAUGGCCAUGGACACGCAACAGGCCGAAAAACUCUUAGCAGACUUGGGGCUGGAUCAUUUGCAGGAUGCGGAAGAAAAGGGGCGACGUCCAGGAAUUGACCCUUUGUACUCCUCUGGCUUGACUGAACACCUUGUCUCAAGACAAGAUUCCCAAGGCCCUUAUCCACGAACCUUGGUUACAUUUCUCCAUUGUGCUUAA